CCACUGCAAAAUCCGCUUUCAGAAAAUACAGAUAACGAGCACCCAGAGCUCCUGUUCACUGAGCAGAGCAGCAAUGGCAGCAGCAUCGGCAACAGCCGCCGUGUUCUUCGGCACCACCCGAACUCCAUGCUUCCACAGGGCCGACGCUUCCAAGUUGUUCCUGCAGCCUUUCAAGGCGGAGGCAGUUUCCGACGUCGGGUUCGUUACCAGUCAGCUGAGCGGCGUCAGAAUCUCCUACGACAUGUCGUCUCAGCUGCCAAGUAUCUCCACUCCUUCCCUCCCCGCCCUUCAGCCCAUCGUUGCCCGUAGAAUUUGUCCUUUCACUGGGAAGAAAGCAAACAGGGCAAACAAGAUUUCCUUCUCAGCCCACAAGACCAAGAAGUUGCAGUUUGUGAACCUUCAGUACAAGAGGGUUUGGUGGGAAGCUGGGAAGCGCUUUCUCAAACUCCGCUUGUCAACCAAAGCAUUGAAGACCAUAGAGAAGAAUGGGAUUGAUGUUGUUGCCAAGAAGGCCGGGAUUGAUCUUCGCAAGUUAUGAUCCUUGCUUUUAUUGUUUUUCCACACUUUUUCUGUUGUAAGGCAUGACUGAUCGCUAAUCAAACUACUUUUUGUUUCUAUACCA